GCAACCCUGCAUGACAAUAUGGACAACUCGGAAUCGCCGCGGCUUUUGGACUGUCGCCAGCCCCUUGGCUGAAAGUUUUCCUAUCCGGCGCCCGAAUCUUCGGCGCGGACACUUUGCGCCCAGCUGCGCCCGAAUUUUCGAUGGUGAAGAAGGUGAAGGUGGAGAAGGCCAAGAGCGACAAGAGUUCCUGCAAGAAGUGCCAGAAGAAGAUCAGUUUUGACGAGCUCCGGGCUGGUGUGGACUGCUGGAUGGGCGGUCGCACUGUGACCGCCUGGCUGCACAUGAAAUGCAUGGCCGAGUGCUUCAAGUUUGACCGCUGCAAGGGCAAGGGCAAGUGCAAGCUCUCAGGGAUGACUAUGGAAAGGGGGGAAGCACGACUGGAGCUCGCCAAAGAGUACACUGGCAUCUUUUUCAAGCUCAAUCACUCCGCUGCUGCGCUGGCCGACUUUCUCAAAGAGAAGAAGAUGGACCCAAAGUCCAUCAAGGGCUACAGCGCAUUGUCCGCGGACGAGAAGAAGCUUCUCUGGAGAUCCUCCUCGGUGCGGCUCCGGCGACCGGCGGCGAAGGCCUAAGGCGGCGUUGCCGACGUUGCCCGCGAGAAAAGGCCGCGACGUGGGUUGUCCGGCGCUGGAGGUCUGGUGGAGCCGUGCCAGUGGAUGG